UAAUAGUGCAACUUCUAUGCGUGUGAAGAUGUAGUAUUCUUCUGUUCAUUUUAUUGUGAAUAAACCGGUAAAUAUUUUAUCCUUGAAGGCAUUCUCUUUUAUAUCGGACUGUCGCAACAGUCGACCUGUGAGUCAUCAUGGCUGACUUCUUGGCAGACAACAAUCUAUGUGGGCAAACCCUUCUCAAGUUGGUCUCAAGGGGUAACGCAAUCAUUGCCGAGCUGCUCCGACUUGCAGAUUUCAUUCCUCCAGUCUUCAAACUAGACAAUAAGUUUGACCAGAUGAAGUAUGGAGAUAUUCUCUUUGAUUUCAACUACUUCAAGGGAUCGGAAUAUUACGACAACAAGAUUGAUUCCAGACCUGAUCUUCAAGAUCUAGAUGAAGCUUUCAGGGAGAAUCACAUCGAGAUUUUACGACGUUUCUAUCUCGCCUUUGAGAGUAUUCAUAAAUAUAUCACAGAUCUUAACAGAUUUCUUGAAGAUCUUGAUGAAGGGGUAUACAUCCAGCAAACACUUGAGACGGUGCUCCUAAAUGAAGAUGGAAAACAACUUCUGUGUGAAUCUCUAUACUUGUAUGGUGUAAUGCUCCUAGUGGUUGAUAUGAGGAUUGAAGGAACAGUCAGAGAAAGAAUGCUCGUCUCCUACCACAGAUACAGUGCUGCCCAGGCUUCUGUGGACUCCAAUAUGGAUGAUGUCUGCAAAUUGUUACGAUCGACUGGACUGUUUACAACCUCUGGGUCGAGGCGACCUGCUAACUAUCCUGAAAACUAUUUCAAGCGUAUUCCAAUUUCAUCCAACUUUAUUGAGAUGGUGAUUGCAAGGCUAAGGUCAGACGACAUCUACAAUCAGAUCUCAGCCUACCCAUUGCCGGAACAUCGUAGUACCGCCUUAGCUACACAAGCCGCCAUGCUGUACAUCAUUCUGUACUUCUCACCGGAUAUUCUACAGAAUCAACAGGCCAAGAUGAGAGAGAUUGUCGACAAACAUUUCCCGGAUAAUUGGAUGAUCAGUGUAUACAUGGGAAUAGUAGUCAACUUAGCUGAUAUGUGGGAACCCUACAAGGCAGCUAAGACGGCUCUAAAUAACACCCUGGAUCUGAUCAACGUCAAGUCGCUGGCAGUGAAACACAAUCACAGAGUUGGGGAGCUCAUUAAACUCCUGCGUCAAUACCUGACUGAAGGAACACUGACUGAGGAGUUUGUCUUAGAUAGCAUUCCUAAACUCAUGAACUGUCUUAGAGAAUGUAACGUCAACCUCAGAUGGUUAAUGCUUCAUACUGCAGAUGGACCCUGGGAUGCUAAUAAGAAGCUUCGUCAGAUGAAAGAGAUAAUGGUCCAGGAAUCCAAGUACAGCCCUCGUACUCUCUUUGAACUUCUCCUGGACUCUGCGCAGUUUGAGUUCAAACUUAAAGAGAUGUUUAAGAAGAUGCUUUCUGAGAAGCAGAAGAAAUGGGAGAUGUAUAAACAAGAGAGUGUGGACAGAAUGACCGAGCUUGGUGAAGUCUUCUCAGGAACUAAGCCUCUUACACGAGUUACAAGAAAUGAUAAUCUUCAAGCUUGGUUCAGUGAGAUGGCUAAACAGAUAACAUCCCUCAACUAUGACGAUUCCACUGCCGCAGGACGUAAGAUUAUACAACUCAUACAAGCUCUUGAAGAGGUCCAAGAAUUCCACCAGCUUGAGAGCAAUCUACAAGUUCGGCAGUUUCUCCUGGAUACUCGCAAGUUUCUUCAUCAGAUGAUACGGACCAUUAACAUCAAGGAGGAAGUCUUAAUCACCAUGCAAAUAGUUGCAGAUCUAUCGUACGCCUGGGAGCUUAUUGACACAUACACACCCUAUAUGCAGCAAGGCAUUAAGAGUAACCCUUCCCUUGUCACCAAACUAAGAGCUACAUUCCUAAAGCUUGCCUCAGCUCUCGACUUGCCUCUGAUUCGUAUCAACCAAGCCAACUCACCCGACUUGAUCAGCGUCUCACAAUACUACUCCAGCGAGUUGGUCUCCUACGUCCGCAAGGUUCUACAGAUCAUCCCUCAGACUAUGUUUAGUCUCCUGUCUCAAAUCAUACAGCUUCAGACACAUCAUAUUAAGGAGGUACCCACCAGACUAGAGAAGGAGAAACUGCGAGAUUACGCCCAGCUAGACAUGAGAUAUGAUGUUGCAAGACUGACCCAUUCCAUUUCGGUCUUCACCGAAGGAAUCUUGUUGAUGAAGACUACCUUAGUGGGUAUAAUCAAAGUGGACCCCAAACAACUCCUUGAAGAUGGUAUACGGAAGGAGCUUGUCCAACAAGUCGCUGGGGCCCUGCACAAUGGGAUCAUGUUCAAUCCAAAGGCAAAGACCAGUGAGUUGAUGGGUCGGCUUGACACCCUUGGAGCCAAGAUGGACGGCUUUGUUCGCUCCUUUGAGUAUAUCCAAGAUUACGUCAAUAUCCAUGGUUUGAAGAUCUGGCAGGAAGAAGUUUCUCGUAUUAUCAACUACAACAUGGAGCAAGAAUGCAAUAGCUUCCUCAGGACAAAGGUGCAUGACUGGCAAAGUAUCUAUCAGUCACCAACAAUCCCGAUCCCAAAGUUCCAACCCGUAGACGGUUCCAUUAACUUCAUGGGUAGAAUGGUCAGAGAGAUUCUACGCAUUACAGAUCCAAGGUCUACCUCCUACAUCGACCAGAUGAAAACUUGGUAUGACAUCAAGACGAAACAAGAGGUCUUAGAUAUCAAAGUUUUCUCAAAAGUCAGGCAAAGCAUUGGUACCUGUGGCCUAACCGGUCUAGACAGGUUGUUAUGCUUCAUGAUGGUAAGAGAGCUGCAGAACUUCCUGGCAAUCAUUGAACGUGUCGUACUCAGAGAUAAGAUGUGGCUGGAGAUGUUUGGCACCUUAAUGAAGACACUUAAUCCUGUGAGAGGUUUGAUUAGUAACCCUGGUAAGGUGUACAGCCACUAUGUGACAAAGGCAGGCAAGAUUUGGACUCCAUUCAUCAACCUUGUACUCAAGUUGGGUCAGAUGCAACUGCUUCGCAGACAGAUCGCUAACGAGCUGAACUUCUCGUGCAAGUUUGAAUCCAAGUUCCUGGCCAGUGCCCUGGAGACCAUGAAUAACGGUCUCCUGGCGGAUGUAGAGGCCCAUUACCACGAUCCUUGUAGACCCUACCCUAAGGAUGACAAUCCUCUCAUGUAUGAACUAGCUUCUUAUUUAGAGUCGGCCGGUCUCAGCAAUCCACUCUCAAAGAUCUACAUCACUACCAAGAGACUUCCAUAUUUUGCUCUCUUCACAUUCCUGUUUGUUGUGUCGCAACUUCCCAAAUUCCAGUACCUCAAGAGUGUUGGAAGUAUGAUUUGUAAAGUCCCCAAAGAUCCCAUUGACGGACCACCAUUUGUUGUCGGUACAUUGACCCUACUCCGACAGUUCCACUCCGAGAACACAGAUCAGUUCCUAGCUCUGCUUGGGCAAUAUGUCAGAUCAUCCGUAGAGAGUACAGCAGCGGGAGGCAAGGCUUCAGACCUACCCUCAGAUGUCAUCAACGUUCUUGCAUUCCUGGAUGAUUUCACUCACUACGCAGGCUUGUCAAGACAGUCCGUAGAGGCCCACAUACCAGCUUACAUCUUUGAUGAGUUUAAGAGUAGCUGCUAGUAAAACUGACAUUGGUGACAGAGAAACACCG